UUAGUUUUUUUUCUUUUUUAAAUAUCAAAGAACUAUCGUUUUUAUAUCUAACUUUCCUACUUUUUUUUUGUUUUUGCCUCCUAAUUAUAACAAUCGACUAUUUGUGGUGACGAAAAGAGAAUAUUUAAAGAACAGAGAGAGAGUUAAAGAAGAGAGAAAGAGGAAUUAUCUUUUUUCUCUUCUUUUUUCGUUUACUUAUUGGAAAUUGCAGUGAGAAGAUAUAACCUGGAGAGAGAGGAUCAUCGAUCUUUUACCCCACAAAUUCGUCAGUCAUCUAAUGCAGUCGUGUUUGCGAGCUGUUGAACUUUAUGAAAGCUUUGGUGCCGGUGUUAGGGGUAGUGUCAAGGUCAGGAGGGUGGAGUUGAGAUCAUCGUGGCACCUAUGUUGUGCGGUGAACUCUUGAACGGUGGCUUCGUCAGUGCCGGAGCAUUGCCGGGCCUUCCUAUUGGUCUGUUAGGGCUUUGGUUGCCUGGCUGUCUACGAGCUACCAGCCCUCGUCUCCAAACCUCCCCUUACCUACCCCUUCUUGCCGAGCUUUUGGCGACGGGUCAGUUGGAUCUUCGCGAUUGCCUCAUGGAUUUGGCCAAGAGAAAUCUUCAGGCACGCGGCACCAAUGGUGUUGCAGACCUCGACUUCGAUCUUCAUGCCGACGAUGAUAUCGAUGACAAUGUCUUCCUCGAAAAUGGAUUGCUUUCCUUCGAGAAUCCAAAUUAUCAUUUGGAUCCGGCACGUCUCGAUGAUGCAUUGAACAGCAACGGAAAUGGCAGCUCCCUCUAUGAUGAAUUAUAUCAAGAAUUAGUUGGGAAUGGCGGCAGGGGUGGAGAGGUCACCGGUGGCGGCGGCGGCGGAGGGGUUGGUACGAGGGUUCAAGCACGCAGAACUUAUGCGAGCUUGGAUCUGGGCAGCAUGGGGGUUGACGUCACGCAGGGUCCCCUCACCUUGGAUUCCGUGACCGAAGACGCAGCUGACAAUACCGAUAACCAUAACCUAGGGUACAGCAGCGAGGGUGUGACGGAGUCCACUUUGGUCGACGACACCCUCAACGGGAAUCCUCGACCAUCGUCGCCGUCGUCCUCGCCGCCAACGACGUCUUCGUCAUCGUCGAUCCUACCAUCUAGAUCUUCUUCUUUGAUCCAGCAAACAGGAUCUACCGUCAACGCUGCGGAAAUUUCCGCUACGAGAAAUUAUUGCGAGAAAGCUGAUAACGAAACGACAGAGAUGGGGGGUGUACCACACGUUGAGGGUGGCUUGAACAGCGAACUCUAUGCUGUCCCUGUUAAACGAAGGCAGCCUAAGGAUCAAAAGAACAAUUCCGCAUUGCAAAAUAAUAUUCAGGAUAAGGCACCGACCGACAUUGUUGACGCCAAUGAUUCCGAAGACAAGGAUGAAAAUUUGCCACCUGGCUGGCAGAAACACGAAGACGAAAAUGGUCCUUAUUACUGGCACGUCAAAAGUGGAAACAUUCAAAGAGAACCACCAGAAGCACCGGUUCACAACAAAACCGAGAAUCGUAGGAGCUUGGUCAAAGAUAACGACAGCAUAAAUAAUUUUCAUAGUCUUGGUGGUAUAGUAAACACUGUAACACGUAGCAAUACGAGCUCGGCUCUCGAUCAGGAAUUGGAAAACAAAAGAAAAGUGGAACUUGCAUUAAAACGAAGAAGCUAUCCAGCUAGAGCCGAUUCCGAAGGUAGAGACAAGCCGAUUAGAUUCGCGGUACGAUCGUUGGGUUGGACGGAAAUUGCUGAAGAGGAUCUAACGCCUGAAAGAUCUAGCAAAGCGGUUAACAAGUGUAUCGUCGAUCUAUCGCUCGGUAGAAACGAUUUACUCGAUGUCGUUGGACGAUGGGGUGAUGGAAAGGAUUUGUUCAUGGACCUAGAUGAGGGAGCCUUGAAGCUAAUCGAUCCGGAAAAUCUCACAGUACUCAAUACUCAGCCAAUUCACACAGUCAGAGUUUGGGGUGUUGGAAGAGAUCAUUGUCGCGAAAGAGACUUUGCAUACGUAGCAAGAGACAGAUCAACUCGAAAGCACAUGUGUCACGUGUUCCGUUGCGACAUUCCAGCGCGUACGAUCGCAAACACCCUUCGUGAUAUUUGUAAGAAAAUCAUGAUCGAACGAUCGCAGCAUCAGAAUUUAGCCAAGCCUGUUGACAUAAAUGGCCGGACGAGCUUGGCGACGAGACCGACGAAUCUACCGACUGAACAUCGACGUUUUCACAGAAAUGGACAGGCACUAGUCACGCAAUCUUUCCCAACACCAAUGGAAGAACCAAAGAAAGUACUAAAGGCACAAUAUCUCGGAUCGAUGCAGGUCACCAAUGCAACUGGAAUGGAGGUGUUAAACGAUGCGAUAGAUCACAUCGUGUCAAAUACACCCCUGAAUCAAUGGCGAAACGUUAACGUUGCGGUAGCACCUAGCAUGAUCUCCAUACUCACGCCAAACGACGACAAAUUGAUCACCGAAUGUCGAGUUCGUUACUUGUCCUUCCUUGGUAUUGGUCGUAACGUGAAACAAUGUGCUUUCAUCAUGCAUACAGCUCAAGAUCUUUUCAUCGCACAUGUCUUCAACUGCGAGCCUAGCAGUGGUGCUCUCUGCAAGACGAUUGAAGCAGCUUGCAAGCUAAGGUAUCAGAAAUGUUUGGACGCACAUCCGCAAGGGUUCAGAAACGCAACUAGCCUGAACACGCCGAGUGGUAGGGGCUUAGGAGCGACUUUGAAAUCGCUCGUUGGUUCUCUCACUGGUCGUAGAAAUAAACAAGGCGAAUCCUGAGACGAGGCUCUCUCGCUGCAGGAACUCUGGCCACUGCCUGCUGAGCGAGAGGUGAUCAGACACAGACACCUGCAAUCACCUUUAACAUUGAAAUAUUUCGGAGGUUCACCCCCGAGUGCGUCAUUGAGGUCCCUCCUAUCCCCAUCAUUAGACAGCAGACGUAUUCAAUUAGCUCGUUGGGAAAGCAAUCCCUAAGGAAAAAGGCAAAGCCCCACACAUACACAUAUACACAUACACACAGCCACACAAAGACUAAUCGCAAGAAUUGAUGAAAGAAAUAGACCGAAAAAGAAAAAAAGUCCAUUCCUUCAUCAACAAUUUCUCUUUCAAUUGAUAAAAAAAACCGACUGAUUCGUGAAUUCUCUGCAGAGUGCUAUAAUCUAAUCACACACCACAAAUUUAUAUAGUGGACUUACGCUUAAGUGUAUGUCGAUAUAUGAUGUUAUGUAUAUGUAUUUAACAAAUACAAGCAAGCAAAAGUAAUAGCAAACAAAUCGCAAAAGAAUUAAUAAUAAUAAUAAUAAUAAUAAUAAUAAUAAUAAUAAUAAUAAUAAUAAUAAUAAUAACAAUAAACGCAGUGACAGAUAAUUGAAAUUUUCAAAUAGGCCAACGUGUGCAUUUGAAGUAUACAUCAAGUUUCAAUGUAUUUAUCUAGUUUUCAACUUUCAAUUUAUUGUUUUACACGAUUGCUAUAGAAAGAUAGAUGAUAGAUAGAAAGAGGGAGAGAGAGGGAGUAUAAGAGUGCGAAUGAGCGUGAGUAAAUGUGACUCGUCUGUACAUACGAAAUGGUAAGAUAAUUCUCCUUAAUCUGUUCGCAAUCGAAUUAAUGAUCGUAAAGCUCGAUUAGAGAAAGAGAGAGAAAAAUAGAGUAUAAAUGGAGAAUUUUUUUGUAUAAAAGAGAUAGAGAGAGAGAGAGAGAGAGAGGGGGGGGGGAGAGAGAAAGAGAGGAUAUAGAUAUAUAUGUGUGUUUGCGUGUGUGAAAUCAUGCUUUUGAACGAUGGAAGGCUA